AUGGAGUGCAUCUUUCACAUUGCUCACAAGGACGACGUUAAUGUCACUGUCCUUAAUGCCUCUGGCACAAUUAACAGUGUCAUCCCACACAACUCCACCUACGGUGCCACUGAUAUCAUCAUGCAUGGGCCUUUCCCCUUACUCUCCUUUUCUGGUUCCUACUUCUACAACAACCAUAACACCCUUCACCCUGGACCCACCCUUCCGUUUCCCUUAUGUUUUGGGAUAAACGUUUUAACCUCUCAGGAUGAAAUCCUUGGUGGUGUUAUUGGCGGUAGUCUCAUCUCCGGUGACGGUGUCACCCUCACCAUCUCCACCUUUAAGAACCCUAGUUUCUUAAACUACACUUAUCAAGUUGGAGAAAGGCAUAACAAUGAUAACAUCACAUCUGGUGAUUUCAAUUAG